GAGUUUUCAGUAUCUGGCUGGCAGUCGAGCUGGUCGCUACAGGGCUCCUCUUCCCGCACGCUCGCUUCGUCUCUACACCGAGCAAAAGACCGUCUGUGUGCGUGUGUGUGCGUGUGUUUGUGUGGUAGAGGCGGAGAAAGAGACGCAAGCUCGCCCUUUUUGAUCAAAUUUUUAUUUUUCGUAUCGUCCCCACCACAGCGCCGCGUAGUACAUAUAGAGGAGUAGAGAGCCGGACAUUUCGUCAGUUGGUUGUAGCGGCAGUUGUAGGGGAACUCUGACACAUUUGAGUCGCUCCUCGGCGCCCGUUUGAGUUUGUGCGUUGGCCACGACAACCGACGCUCUUAUUGUCUCUCUCUCAAUUUUUUUUGAUUUCUUCUUCUUCUGUUUCGCGUUCAUUUCGUCUCGCUUUCAAGUCAUCAACGUCGCAACGCAUUUCUGGCCACACAUUUGAUAAUCCGUUGACGACUUGAAGUGCCCGUCCGUUCUCCGCAAAACAUCAUCAGCCACUCGCUGCGGAUAUAAGUUUGACUACGACGGGCUUCCAAGGAGAUCCAAACACAGAAAUCACCUAUAUGGAUUGAUCCUUUUUGCAGUUGACGGGAAAAUAGUGUUGGAUCGGCCAAUCGAAGACAGAACAUCGCCUCCGUCCAACCGCUUUCUUGUGAAAAGACGGGAGGACAAGUCUUUUGUUUGUUUUCUAUUCUCUAAACCAAAAGCCAAAACAAAAACGGAAGCAAGUCACAAUCAGAAAUGUAUCAACCCGGAAGGAAAAAUCAGCUGUGCCAUCGGUACUACCUGAUGGCCGUUGUCCUCCUACCAGCCCUCGUCUUGGCUCAACAAGGAGGCGCCCAGCAUGAAUCGGAUCCCGCUCUCGAUCAAGAACAGGUGAUUUCUGACCUGCGUGAAUUGCUCGAUUUGCAGUUCGAUUUAGCCAACAACAGCAACAAUGGAAGCGCUGAGAUAUCGCCCGUCAAUUUCAUGAAGAGGAUGUCGAAUUUGCGCCAAUUGCGCGAUCCUCAGACGAUGAGCCGAUUGGCGCAAAUGGCCAGGCAACGGCCACCGCCGCCUCCGCCGUUCGUCCUGCCUCCCGGUCGCUUCAAUCAUUUCCGGUAUCCGCCGACACCUUCGACUUUCAUGGGAGCACCGCCGCCUCCCCAAACCUUCCAGCCGCAACAACAAGAACGGCCGGGGCUUUACCUGGGAGGUGAGGGCCAUCUGCAAACGCCGCGACACAACGAACUGUCGGAGAACAAUCGUCGGAUCUUCUUUGGAGACUCCAAGAUCUGCUACACGGAUUCGUGCGAAUUCUUCCUGCUGUGCUGGCUGACGGGCGGAUUGAUCCAGAAGAGCUGCGGAGGUUUCCUGUUUGCUUGCUGCCAUCGGCCGGGCAUCAAUCCGGAGCCACCAACUCCUUACGUCGACUCGCUCGAACAUCCCGUCGUCUCGUACGGACCCGUCAGAAGCGACGCCCAAUGCGGUACGACGCUGCAGAGACGGGACACGGCUCAACGGCGUAUCGUCGGUGGAGACGAGGCUGGUUUCGGAACUUUCCCCUGGCAGGCAUACAUUCGGAUCGGAUCGAGUCGUUGCGGCGGAUCGUUGCUCAACAAUUAUUUUGUCGUCACAGCCGGCCAUUGCGUCGCCAGAGCGAAAGCGGAACAAGUUAAAAUCACUUUAGGCGAAUAUUCUUUGAAUUCCGAUGUGGAGCCGCUGUCACCGUUGCAAGUGGGCGUCUCUGAGAUCCACGUCCACCCCUAUUUCAAAUUCACCCCGCAAGCCGAUCGCUACGACGUGGCCGUCCUUCGGUUGGACCGCUACGUCCCUUACGAGCCGCACAUUUCGCCCAUUUGUCUGCCGGAAAAGGGCGACGAUUUCUUGGGCGAAUACGCCUGGGCCGCUGGUUGGGGCGCUAUGCAAGCAGGUUCUCGAGUGCGACCAAAGACGUUGCAGGUGGUCGACGUGCCCAUCAUCGAUAACCGACAAUGCGAAGAUUGGCACUCGUCAAAGGGAAUCAACGUCAUCAUCUACGACGAGAUGAUGUGCGCUGGAUAUCGAAAUGGAGGCAAAGAUUCGUGUCAGGGAGAUUCAGGUGGCCCGUUGAUGUUGCAGCAAAACGGACGCUGGCAAUUGGUUGGCAUCGUGUCGGCCGGCUACUCGUGCGCUCAAAACGGACAGCCGGGCAUUUACCAUCGAGUGUCUCACACGACCGAUUGGAUAUCGCACAUUGCCUUUUCUUAAAUCAAUGCAACUAACGUGAGGGCUGGGGUGAACGGCACUCGACUAAGCGACAAGCGACUAACUGACAACUGAAACGAAGCGCGUGCUCAUUCAGUCCGUCGCAGAGAGGGAGCGAGAUGCGUGCGGAAAAAUCGCGCCGCCGUCUCUAGUCUCAACACCACAUCGUCAGCUCCUGUUAUUUUUUUCAAGCCUUUUUCAUUUGUGUCUAUUUUCCGUAUCUUUUGGUUGUCAUCGUUGCACAUGGUGCAACCUGUUGUCUUAUCGUGUUUGCUUUAUUGUUCAAGUGGACGGCUCGCUCCGACGAUCGGACCGAGAAAACGUCCCACAAACCGACAUUUUCUAUGUAGAAAAAGAAACAAAACAAAGAAGAAAAAAAAAGAAUAUUCAAUCCUAUAUUGUCAUUCUAUUGUACGUAGACGUAAAAUGGUGCGCGGCCACGAAUAUUGGCCUUUCCAUGUAGCGAUGAAUAUGAAAAACGAAGAGGUAGCCGUCAGACGGUGCAAUAAGACAAACAAAAACAUAUGUACUUAUAGAGAGUCCGUCUACAUUUUAAGGUGCAUCAAUAUUGAAUUGUUUUUUCGUUGAGCUCUGUACAUCUUCGCUGUUUAUUCCCACCUUUCCCAGGCUUAGAAAUAUGCAUAUUUUGUGAUUGUGGUCGUCGUUGAUCGCGCACGCAGGCUCUAUUUUACAGGUGAUUGGUAGGCUGGCACUACUAAUUAUGUCACUAACUUUUCAGACUUAUUUGCAUUAUUGUACUACUAUAUAUUUGUGUCUUGUAACCAAUUUAUAAUCAAACAGAUAUGAGGGGGCAAAACGUCACCCGUGUGCCGCUAAUCUUUGUGUACUAUUUUCUUCUUUUCAUGUUGGCUUUUUCGUUGGCACCUCCUGAAAAGAAAAAGAAAAACAACAACCACAGCAAUCCAUUUCUAAUCUUUUUUCUGUUCAUCUUUUCCGAUUUGGGCGCACGUCACUUAUAGAUAAAACAAACAAAACACUGUCUGCAAUUUUCCCCCAUUCCAAAUGAAUUCGUGUAUUUGGUGUCAGCCGACGAUUGUGACGUUGUGCGCGAUGCAACGAUUUCAAUACAUGAUCGAGAUUUUAA